CUGACAUGCUGACUUUUGUGUAGAUUCCUCUAGAUUUCCGAAGCCGAAAAAGCGCCGUUGUUUCGCUGGUCGCAAUGUCGACGGGCAAACGCGUUGGAAUGAUCUGUGGAAUGCUGAUGUUAUUUCUUCUAGGGCAGUGCGUGCUGCUUUUCGUCGUGUCAACGGCGACCUCCAUGGUGACUGGUGCCAUGCAGCUGUCGAGCAGCUUGAAACUGAACGAUGAGAUUCACCCGCCCGGUGGUAACAAUGCCUUUCUGCAAACGACAGGCUCAAAACGGCAGCUUCAGUACUCCUACUACUACUACAAGGGGGAUUACGAUUACGAAUGGGAGGACCAAUAUGGUUGGACCAGAUUUCUGAAUGUCAUUGUCUUCGCGGCGUUCUGGUUGAUUUUUUGUUGUGUUUCAGGACCUGCAGCGUGGAUCUAUUGGAAGCUCUACAUCUAUCCAAGUCAUGACCGAUAUCUUGCUGCUGGAAUGAUCAUGCCCCAAGAACUG